CCAAACCUCACCAAAAACUAAAAAUCUCCAUUACAAAAACAACAAUGCUUACUCCGGCGCCGGCGCCGGCGACGGCAACGUUCAUCUCUCUCCUCUUACUUCUCUCAACAACAUCCCCUAUUCAAUCAUGUUCACCGGCAGAACGAUCAUCAUUACUCGAUUUCAAAUCCAAUCUAAACGAACCCUACCUGAAAAUUCUCGACACUUGGACCGGCGAUAACUACUGCAACAACUGGUACGGUAUCACCUGCGAUCCAACUACUUCACUCGUCGAAUCAAUUUCUCUCCGUGGCGAAUCGGAGGAUCCAAUCUUCAUCAAAGCAGGUAGAACCGGAUUCAUGACCGGAUCUCUUUCACCUUCUAUAUGUCAACUCAAUCGUCUUACAACACUUAUCGUCGCCGAUUGGAAAGGAAUUACCGGCGAGAUUCCUUCAUGUAUUACUUCACUUUCAAAUCUCCGUAUCCUUGACCUAAUCGGAAAUCAAAUAUCCGGUAAGAUCCCUUCAGAAAUCGGACAAUUAAACAAGUUAACCGUUUUAAACCUAGCUGAUAAUCAGAUCUCCGGUUAUAUACCUCCUUCUAUAGUGAAUCUCGUUAGUUUAAAACAUCUCGAUCUAAGUAAUAACAGAAUCUCCGGCGAGAUUCCGACUGAAAUUGGGAAUUUGAAAAUGAUGAGUCGAGCAUUGAUGAACAGGAAUCAACUUACCGGUUCAAUUCCUUCUUCCGUUGCGAGUAUUCGCCGGUUGGCGGAUUUGGAUCUUUCGAUGAAUGAGUUAACUGGGUCAAUACCGAGUCAACUCGGUACAAUGCCGGUUCUUUCAACACUCAAUUUGGAUAAUAACAAAUUAUCGGGUCAAAUACCUGAGACCCUGUUGAGAAAUACGGGUUUGAAUAUUGUUAAUUUGAGUCAUAAUAAUCUUAAUGGGUGUAUACCAGAUGUUUUCGGACCCAAGUCGUACUUUACGGGUUUGGAUUUGUCCUAUAAUAACUUGAAAGGUUCGAUACCGAAAUCGUUGUCAUCGGUUAGGUAUAUUGGGCAUAUGGAUAUGAGUCAUAAUCAUCUUUGCGGGUCGAUUCCAACCGGGUUGGGGUUUGAUCAUCUCGAAGCUUCUUCGUUUUUGAAUAACGAUUGUCGGAUGUGAUUACGGGUUUGGGUAUGAUUCGACCCGGAAUUUGACUUUGUUUAGUAUCUCUAUUUCAUAAAAAAAAUGAUGGAAAUAGUUUAUUUCCUUAAUGUAACUUAGAUUCUGUUGAAGUUUAUUUUUAAUUCAAUCUAGUCAAUCUUGAUUUGUAU